AUGUCUACUGCUGGAAAAACCAUCACUUGUAAAGCUGCUGUUGCCUGGGGAGCCGGUAAGGAUCUCUCUAUCGAGACCAUUGAGGUUGCUCCGCCUAAGGCCCACGAGGUGAGAGUCAAAAUCGUGUACACUGGUGUUUGCCACACCGAUGCCUACACUCUUUCUGGAUCCGAUCCUGAAGGUGAGUUCCCUGUUGUUUUUGGCCACGAGGGUGCCGGAAUUGUCGAGUCCGUUGGUGAAGGUGUCUCCAGCGUCAAGGUUGGCGACCAUGUCAUCUGUCUUUACACCCCAGAGUGUAAAGAGUGCAAGUUCUGCAAGUCUGGAAAAACCAAUUUGUGUGGAAAGAUCAGAGCAACCCAGGGUAAGGGUGUGAUGCCAGACGGUACUUCGAGAUUCACUUGCAAGGGCCAACCAUUGCUCCACUACAUGGGCUGCUCCACGUUCUCUCAGUACACUGUGGUGGCAGACAUCUCGGUGGUUGCUGUUGACCCAUCUGCUCCAAUGGACAGAACCUGUCUUUUGGGCUGUGGUAUCACCACCGGAUACGGUGCUGCUAUCAACACCGCCAAGAUAUCGCCAGGCGACAACGUCGGUGUGUUCGGUGCUGGAUGCAUUGGUCUGUCGGUGAUCCAGGGUGCUGUGCAAAAGAAGGCUGGAAAGAUCAUUGUCAUUGACAUUAACGAGGAUAAGAAAGACUGGGCCUUCCAGUUCGGAGCAACCGACUUUGUCAACCCAGCCAAGCUGCCAGAAGGCCAGUCAAUUGUUGACAAAUUGGUCGAGAUGACCGACGGCGGUUUCGACUACACCUUCGACUGUACCGGAAAUGUCCAGGUGAUGAGAAACGCUUUGGAAUCUUGCCACAAGGGAUGGGGAGAGUCCAUCAUCAUCGGUGUUGCUGCUGCCGGCAAGGAAAUCUCUACCAGACCAUUCCAAUUGGUCACCGGUAGAGUCUGGAGAGGCUGCGCCUUUGGUGGUAUCAAGGGUAGAACCCAGAUGCCAGCGCUUGUGAAAGACUAUGUUGACGGAAAGAUUAAGGUGGACGAGUUCAUCACACACAGACACUCGUUGACUGACAUCAACAAGGCUUUCCACGACAUGCACAGCGGAUCGUGUAUCCGUGCUGUCAUCACUAUGGAUGAGUGA